UACUCGCUCUGGGUGGACACGUACCUUAUACUUUUCGCAGUGGAGGACAGUCAGAAUAGGGAGACGUGGCAGGUUUAUAGGGACAACCAUGGAAAUAAAAUGAUUUUCAAAGGGCGGUUUUCACCGUACACGGUAUCUUAUCAUGUGCUGAGCCGGGCUUUCGUCACGAGGAAAGUUCGCAUUGCACCUCUCUCCUGGGGGUCGCUCUUUCCGGGACUAAGGAUGGAAGUUAUCGGGUGUGAGCUCGCAGAGCAUGGCGACUUCUGCAGCGAGGAUUCGACUUAUUACCAGGGAUUUUGCCUGGGUGCAAUCGAGACGGACAGUCCGGGCGCCUGUGAGGCAAUUUUCGGUCACCGGGCCACCCAGGUUAUUAUCCGCACGGAAGAGAUGCAGACGGCGGUUGGAGACGUUCUCCGAGGAGCCGGCUCGACGGUGUACCUGAUUGGCCUGCGGGCAAGCCUCAACGAGACGACAGAGGUGUAUUCAUUUACAUGGCCAGACGGCACAAAACCAACUUUCACCAGGUUUGACCUCUGGGGACCGAGUUAUGGCACGGGACUGUGCGUAGAAAUUGUUGCCAUUUUUUCUCACUGGAGGUCUGCAUCAUGUGAUCCUCAACAUCUACAUAGCAGGGGCACUGUUUGCCAGUAUGAUUUGGACGAGUGUGCCGGGAACCAUGGGUGCUCUCACGAGUGCAUCAACUACCCUGGUGGUUACCAGUGUCAGUGCCCAACCGGCUACGUGUUGGACUCUGCGGAGGGCAAAGGCUGUGUUCCCGUGUGCUCGCACUUCCAGUCUAACGGCGAGGCUUGGGGACAACACCAAAGCUGGUGCUAUACGCUGGGUUAUGACCACGUGACUUGGCAUGAAGCCAAUUCAGCCUGCCUGUCGCUCGGUCUGGGAAGCCACCUUCCGCAAAAAGAUGAUGCUUUUUGGGACGGGUUCUUCCAGCCAUGGAACUUGACAUGGGUGUCGCAUGGAACUGAAAACAGCUCCUGUUUCACCCAGAGUCCGCCGCAGGUGUAUCGGAACCCCUUGGCGACGAACUGCACAGCGAAAGACCUCUCAACAAGUACACAUAUGGACUCCGAAUGGCUUCUGAAUUGUAACAUAUCCCUGCCAUUUGUUUGCAUUAUAGAAUUUGCAUCAAUUGAAGAUACGUCUGCACCAAUCACCGUUGAUGCCCCGUUUGGCUUAUUUCGCAAGUGGAUCUAUCCUCCCCAUCUGCACUCUGACGUCAUGUUGGCAACAUUACGAUUCAGUGUACCGACAAACUACACAGUAAUGUUUGAUGUUUUGAGGGUCUCUUUACCUCCAACCGAUGGCUGCGAAUCGAGCUUUUUCGGCAUCUUUGAUGUCCUUUCUGAAAACAAAACCACGCAGAGAAGGCUGCUGUGCGGGAACGAUUUGCGAAAUGUGACUGCAACUGGCUGGUUCUCCGACAUUGAGGCCGUACUUCAAGUGACCCUGACCCUGGACUCCGUCUACCCGUCAGUGGUAGGAUUGGAGACCGUAUUCAAGGUCAUUGGUUGUGGUACCAACUGCAUGCCUUAUUGCGGUCCAUCACCGUCGGUUCUGACAAACGCGACAGGCUCGCUGGAUAUCCUAAACGCCAACAUCGACGGGCACACACGAUGCAGAUGGUUAAUCAGUGUGGAGAAAGGCAAAUAUGUCAAACUAUCCCUCCGUUCAAAUCUCCUUUCCGACAAUGCAAGAGUCACUGUUUCCUACGGAAAUGUUCAAGAGAGCGACAUGGACACCACGGAUCACGGUAUCUCGAUCGUAAAAGACUCCACACCCGGAAGUCUUCAGAGUAGUACGGAUAACACACCGUCGCUGUAUAUCGCUGACUCAAACGAAGUCACAAUUUUUUUAACGACUGGACGGUUAGGGGAGCAGUUUGGAUUUUUGAUCGACUACGAAUCAGUAGAUGCACCAGGUUGUUCUGUUGGGCAAUUUGUUUGCAUCAACUCUGGGCAGUUCUGCUCAAUACAGUGCAACUACUCCAGUGCCUAUGUAGCUUCAAAAGGUUACCCUGAGCUUCACCAAGGGAUCGGGAAAUGGAGGUGGACGAUUACCACCCUUCCAGGUACCUUUGUGGAGUUGGUCUUCGACUUGCUAAACAUCACCAGCGCCUCACGGUCCGAAUGCACUGCCGGCUACUUGCAGCUGCUCCAAUGGUCCGACAACGAGGACGAUGAGAUCGGGGGUCGUCUCUGCGACUCACGUCCACCGACUGGGCCGCUCAGGAGUCCACGAAACCAUGUCUCGCUUGAGUUCUACCAAGGCCACGAGCAGGAGGCCGGCAGAUUCCUGGCGAGGUACCAAGGCUUGUAUUAUCAGCCAAGACGUGAGGUCACCGUGACCAGCGACAACUGUGCAGACGGCUGGUUUUAUUACAAUAAGCACUGCUAUCGAUUUGCCAAAGAGAAAUCGUCGAUCCGUUGGGAUGACGCAAGUAGCAUUUGUGAGGAUCAACAAGCGACUUUGGUCAGUAUUAAAGAUAGGGACGAAGCGGACUAUAUACAUUUUAUGCUUACAACCGUAUGGACCACCGAAUCUCAAAACACCUACAUAGGUUUAACUAAUAGAAGAGUCGAAGGUGUGUUCUUGUGGUCAGACAGAAGCCCAAUGACUUUCACAGAUUGGGCAUUGGAUUUCACGGAGGAGGACGAGGAAGAGGAUGAACGUUUCGAAUACAAUAACCCUAACGGUGGGAUGUUGGAAGGUUGCACCAUGAUCACGCUGAAUGAUUUUGCCAGGACGUCAAACUGGGUGGAUGUUGCGUGUGCAGCGAGGGAAGCCAAGCAAUACGUAUGCAAGAAAAUGGCAGAAGAUUACACAAGGCCUCCGGAUAUCAGUGAUUUUGUUGGAUCAGAAACCCAGCGGCAGUGCCCAUCCUACUUGUUCCAGUGUGCCAACGGGGAGUGCAUACAGAAGAUCUUGGUUUGCAACUCGGUGGAUGAGUGUUCUGACGGUAGCGACGAGGGAGAGGUCUGCUCAGUGGAUACGGACUAUUCAAAGUUUAGGUUUCAAUGCGACGGUUUCGAGAUUUCAGCGUCUUCCUUUUGUGACUUUCAUGACGACUGUCUUGACGCAUGGGAUGAGUUAACCUGUGUUCGGCCAAAAUGCAGUGAGUCGGAAUUUCAGUGCCCUAACGGCAAAUGCAUUGACAAGAGCAAGCGCUGUGAUAUGAUUGACGAUUGUGAUGGUUCCCAAGGUACUGCUAGUGAUGAAGUCGGAUGUGAGGUCAGGAGUGGAGGAUUCCAGUGUUACAGCACGCGGUGGAUACCGAUCGAGUAUACGUGUGACACGUAUCCCGACUGUGGAGGUCUUCAUUACGAGGAUGAAGUACCGUGUGGCAUAGAGUAUAAAAACUCAUGUAUGUCACCUAACGUCACGCGAUGCCGGAGCGGUAUUUGCGUGGAUGACAGCCACACCUGUCUUUACGAUGUCGACCAACAUGGUUACAUUAAAGGUUGUCGUGACGUCACUCACCUACGAAACUGCGAAGAUUUCCAGUGUCCCGUGAUGAUGUUCAAGUGCCCAGACUCCUACUGCAUUCCUCUGCGUUUUCGGUGCAAUGGCGUUGGAGAUUGUCCUGACAAAGAAGACGAAAACAACUGCGGUCAGUUCGUGUGUCCAGGAGCCUACAGAUGCCGAAACAAUCGAACCUGUGUAACCCUGGAGGAGCUCUGUGACGGGAAGCCAGAUUGCCCUGAGAUGGAAGACGAUCCAGGCGGUGAUGAUGAACUGUUUUGCAACGUUACCUGUCCCAAUGGUUGUGAAUGUGUUGGCUUUUCCUACCUUUGUGAAAACGUUAAAUGGGAACAACGAUCAGCAAGCAUGAUUUCGCCCUCUACACGUCAGCUGUUUUUGACAGCUGUUGGUUCGACCGGUGCUCCAGAAGUAGAUGGUUUUGUACGAGCAAAAAGAGACCAAAUUUCUGGUCCGUGGACCGUGAUGAACUCAUUGCACCUUGAUCUGAAAGAAUUCCCCUUCUUGGUAGAACUGGAGUUGACUAAGAACAGUAUUGAUGAAUUGGUUCCCGGCAUGUUCAACGAAAGUCGCAACCUGCGACAUCUCAACCUUUCCUUUAACAACAUUGAUGUCUUACAAAGUGGAACCUUUGAGGGACUUUCCUCAUUGGAGCAUUUGACGCUUUCGUUCAAUCCACUAAGCACCAUCGAAAUUGGAGCAUUUGCAGGUCUCAACAAUCUUAAAACCUUAGAGGUUGAAGGGGUCGGCCUGUUCAAAUCAAAAGAAGGGUUUGAAGACCUAGAAAGCCUCCAAACCAUAAUUGCCAGCAAAUACCACUAUUGCUGCGUUAGAGACGUUCAAGAAUGCUUCGCUCCCCGAGACCAGUUUUCCGACUGUGACGAUCUGAUCAGCAAUGGCGCUCUGAGGUUCUUCAUCUGGCUUCUGGGACUCAGUGCCCUGGUCGGGAACGUGCUGGUCUUUGGCCUAAGGAUGGUGAGGCGCUACCGGCCUGGCCGCGGUCGGACGCAGCGGCAAAUUGCAACGGUGCAGGACUUCUUGAUCACCAACCUGGCCGCCUCCGACUUCUUGAUGGGCGUGUACAUGCUCACCAUUGCGGGGGCGGACAUGCACUUCCGGGGUGUCUAUGCGUUUAGGUCCGAGGGCUGGCGGGCCAGUCUGGCCUGCACAGUCACUGGCCUACUCGCUGUCCUGUCUAGUGAAGUGUCCGUGUUCAUCGUCAUGCUGCUGAGCUUGGACAGGUUUCUCAAGAUCGUCUUUCCCUUCCGGUUCGGCCUUCACAUGACUUUGAAUCGGACCCGUAUUCUGGUCGUUGCAUCUUGGGCUGUAGGGCUACUGAUGAGCCUGCUUCCAGCAGUAGUAUCGGACCGAUUCUCAGAUGCUUACUAUGGCAGUUCCAGUGUUUGCUUGGCUUUACCACUUGUUCCUGUUCUCCCCAAUGGCUGGAGGUACAUGUUCUUCCUCCUGUCGGUCAAUUUGAUCUGCUUCCUGGGCAUGUUCGUCUGCUAUGCUGCCAUCUUCGUGGCCGUCAAGCGCUCCUCGCGCGAGGCCCAAGGCCAGAGCGCCCAGCGGGCGGCCGAGGUCCGAGUGGCCGCCAAGAUGUCGCUGAUCGUGGGCACCGACUUCGCCUGCUGGAUGCCCAUCAUCCUCCUGGCCCUGCUGGCCAGCUUCGCCAAGGUGGACGUCCCCCAGGGCGUCUACGCCUGGAUCGCCAUCUUCAUUCUGCCGCUGAACUCCUCCAUCAACCCCUACCUGUACACGCUGUCCAACUUUUGGGGCAAGAGGAAGAACAAGAAGAGUAAGAGAUUGAGCUCCUUGAUUCAAAAUCAGGACCACUCAGCCUCAGCCUCUCCGAUGAGCAGAACCCGGUCCUCAACUGUUGGAAUGGAGAGCUUCAGUGAUAGUCACUCCAUUGAUUUCGAGCUGAAACCAGUACUGGCAACUGUAUUCUCUCAGCUUGAGCAACAUCGUAUCGUGCCCUUGCUUAAUGCAGAGGCUCUAAAGGCAUUCUCAAACACCAAAGAUUCCGCCAACAGCAGCAUCCCCGGCUCCGACCAAAACCUCGGAACCAAUCUGACGGUGUGGAACUUCACUGAGGAGGAACUUAAGAGAGUUGAGGAAGACAUCAGCGAGGCCCUGUCCUGGUUACAUGCAAACGGUAUUGCAGGAAUCCAGCUGAACAAGGACAGCAUUCUCUUACACAGGGAAUCGCGUGGUUGUCAGAGGGCGUACUUGAAGUUACCACAAAGCAUUGUUACUGCAGAGAUGCCCAACUGCAAACAACGGGACGAUGCAGAUGACAUCGGUGUCGAACUAGACAACAAGGCUUGGGAAAAUCUAAAGCGGCGACUCCGAAAACACGUUGGCUUGGGUCUCGACGAAAAGGCUCAAACCGAAAACGGCUCAAUGUGCGCCAUGUCACGCCUGUAGACCUACUAGGAUGUGGUGUGUGACGAACCAGGACACCUGUGCGAGCUAAUAAGGAACGAGCGAAACCAACAGUUAUUGGAUUGUGUAAAAUGAUUAAUUAGUUAUUCCAUGUCUGUUGGAGGAAAGGUAUGCCCUACGUCUUAAUAAGUUAAUAUAAUAUAUAUCUUAUUCGUUUAAAACGACUUUGGCCUUUUCUAGUAAACACUUAGGUGUUUAGUUUAGGUGAUAAUUGACUCUUGAGCGUUACCAAACAUUUUAAAAUUCUGUUUUUAAAACGACAGUUUGUUUCAUUCUAAUUUUCCUGUUUAGAAAAAUAAUAUCUAGAGACGGGUUUGAGUUUUAAAAGAUAAUUUUGAAGAAGAAAUAAGCAUGGUUAUGGUAGUAGAUUGCUAAGAUCUAAUAGCUUGCUGUGAUUAUGUAAAAGAGUAUUUGUUUUUUUUUACUUUUUAGAGCGUUGGCGACUGUGAAUAUCCACCGCAGAAUUUUUGUAGAAAGCCGAGAGCGUUUGGUGUGACGGUCGUAGCGGCCAUUUCACACGCGCAUGGUAACAAGUUCCGUGCUGUCACAAUAUUGAAGACUUGUUAGUAUUUAUGAGGUUGUUUACAUUUUCUCGGUGGACAAACUCGGUGCCCAAGAUACUGCGCAUUCAAUAGAAAAUUAGUGAUUUUGUAUAGCCUCAUUCUCUGCUGGCUAGACGUCGCUGUGUUGUGGGAAACCGUUUACACAAAUACUGAGCAUGAUUCCACUUCUGCAUAGACGUAAAUAUGGUGUGGUAUUACCGCUCACCGUUACCGUGUGUGUAUAAUGGAGUCUUAACGCACCCGUGUGUUUUGCCUGGUUGAAAAGGCUUUCUAAUAAGCUCAAAGAAAGCAGAGAACACCAGUGUCCUUGGACAAGGCAGGGGCGGGGAGCCACAACCUUAUGAAAGGCCGGCGACAUCUUCAGAUUAGAAUCCAUCCUGAUUCCAAAGUCUUCCGCGAAACCAUACACCUGUGGGCACUUCGAAUUCUCGAGCGGUGUGGUGUGACUUUUUCCCUGUAUUAUGAUGCAUGUGCAUGACUGCAUGCAUGACUACGUACACAAUGGGGGGGGGGUGGUUCUGCCGUUGC